CUCUGUCUGUCGUUCUUUCGCCGGCCACUUCCUGUGUUGUUUGUUGUGACGGGGAGACGUGGUGGGCAACGGUAAUGUACAUCAGUCUGACAUAAUCAGGGCUAACUUUUGUCAUAGUUAAAAUGAGAGAAGUGUUUCAAUUUUCUAAACCGAAAAGAACUCUUUUAAUAUGACUUCCAAUACUGUCAGUCUCGUGGAACUUGUAGAUUUGUCCUUAGGGACACCAGAAGUGGUCAACUACAAUGCUCUCCGCCGACUGCUGGUUGUGAUAGUUGAGAAUCUAAACCUCGGAGACUUGCAAACUGAACUUUCUCAGUCAGAUUUGCAAGAUGGAAGUGGUAUUUCACAAAGUAAGACUGUUCUCCAGUCCCAAGAGGAACUUGAGAAAAAAUUAUCAAAGUUGGAAACACAAAUUGAGUCGCUAAAUGCAUUACCAUCGAAUGAAAACUUGUUGGAACGAACUAGAAGUUCUUCAACUGAAAGUGUUAAACCAGUUUCUGAAAUGUGGCAGCUAAUGCAACUUCAGAAAAAAGUAGUUGCAAAUGAAGAAGGAAUAUCAAAGCUUAUGAGUAUGAUGGAACAUAUGAUGUCAGAGGUCAAUGACCUCAAAGGCCAAACAUCUAGUUGGAAAUCAGAGCUGGACAGUUACAAGCAGCUGAUUAAUGCGGUUGAAGAGAAAUGCAAGAAUGCUGAUGAGAGGAUCAGAAAGCUGGAGGAAUCAACUUCAUCCAUUGACAAGAUACAAGAGUUACAGUCACUAAUGAAUGAUUUCAAUAACAAACUGAAUGUGUGGCCAGAUCCAGCAACAGUUGUUACAUGGCCUGCGAUGGAGGACGCCCUCAAGGGAAUCCAAACUGAGCCUGUGGCUGUCUACGACAACACAUCACAAACAACACCAAUACAUGAAUCUACGAGAAUUCAAACAAUGCCUAUGCAUGAUGCCCAUGUGCAAACUAAGACUCCAGAGCCUCAUACUAUUCCCCCUUCACCAGUUCCAUCAUCAAGGCCUGGAACGGCAAGCUCAGGCCACUCUGCCCACCCAUCACUGGAAAUUCAACAAAUUCUGCGUGACCUUGGUGAGCUACGAGGCGACCAUGAUAAACUGGACAACAGAGUUAAAACACUAGAGGAAACAAUGCCAACUAAGGUUGACCUUUCGGAGAUCAAAGAAUUAUUAUCUGGUCAACGAGACAUUCCUGAAGAUCUAGCCAGUCAGCUUGAAUCUCUCAGUGAACGCUUGGAUGCUCUUUCUAAAAGCCAAGUAAAGGAUAGCGAGUCUCUUACUGAAAUGCAAGGCGUUUUGCUGCAACUUCAAGCAGAGGUUGAGAAGUUGAAUAGUACUCUUGUUCAUCUUGUUGAUGAACACAACGCCAAACAGAAACACAUCGAUGCUCUCUACACCUAUAUUGAUCGUCUGCAAGAAUUCAAGGCAGAUAAGGAGCAUGUUAUCAUGGAGAUAGAUGUGAAAGCAGACAAGAGGGCUCUUGACAACAAGAUUAGCCGAGCUCAGUUUGAGGGCACUGUUGAUGAACUUUCCAAGAACUUACAAGAGGUCAUGCAUAAGUUAUCAGGACAUACAAAUGCUUGGGAGGAUGCAGUCAGUGAGAUGAAAUUGGACAUUGACAACAAACUUGAUCGAAUGGAGCUUGACCCAUUGAAGUCAUACCUAGACAAGCGCAUUAAAGUUGCCAGUGCUAAAAUGAUUCCCAAGGAAACGGAGGGAAUUGGAGAAAAUGCUGCAGGAUUUAGAAAACCUUUGAUGCAGAAGUUCCAUUGCAUAUCAUGUGACAAACCGCUAGACAUAGCAACACAUGGGCCGAUCGCAUCUCUCCCAGAGUCAAAACCACUUCCUGGAAACAGGUCAGGUCGUCCCUAUACAACCUUUGAACUGGAACAAAUUAGAGCAGCUCAGAAAAAAAACUUACCCCCUCUGUCAACAUCUGGAGACUAUCCUUCAUUCCAAAUGGAACCUAAUGUCAGCGGCUUGCAAGGAGAAUUAAUGAAAAUGAAACACACAAAACAAAUGACGGAGUUCCUAAAAGUAAAAGCACAGGAAUCCAGUAAAUGGAGCUCCAAUUACCAAGAUGUUCCUGCUUAUUUCUCUGCUUCAAGAAGCUGCGGCGGUAGCCAUACGCUGACUUACCCCCACCGAAGGACAAACCGAGUCCCAUAUCUCAAUCAAGCAUUUCAAGAUUUAGAAGGUGAACCAAUUCGUGCUAUCAAAGUUGAACAUGAUAUUCAGGGUCAAGAUGGACAUAUAUAUAAAGGUCGACAAGACACAGACAGACUCCCAAACCUUGCAGUCCCUAAGAACACAAAACCAAGUCGGCCCGGAUCAGCACGACAAGCUAGUCGUCCGCACUCCGCCAAGAAUGGCAACAAGAGGCCAAUGAGUGGAAGAACAUCCAAGUCUCCAAGACCCCCAGGAUCCCCUGAGGGCUUUAGAGUAGAAGCACAGCUACCAUCGGCUAGCCUGGAAAAUUCACCAGAACAGGCAAACCAGCAUAAAAUCCCUGCCGAAAAACCUUUAGAACAAGUCCAGGCUUAAAAUCUCAAAUUCUUAAAUAAUAAUGAAUAUAUAAUCUAUUUUCAAAAAUUGUAUUUUUAUUAAGUUAAGGUUUAAUCUUUCCCAAAUAUAGCGAGUAAAUGGUUAUUGUAAUACAAUAGAUAUAUUUAAUAUGUUUUGUAUAUAUUGAAGUUUUAAACUAUGCACUGCGAUAAACGAAGCAAUAUUUAUUGUCUAUAAUGAAUCACCUUGAUUUCACAUCUACUAGUCUUUUUAUUUUAUAGUUAUUUCGAGGUUAUGGGAGUGGUCAACUAAUCAUCCAGUUGCUAGUUUGAAAGAGUGUUUGUGUGAAACUUUUGGUAAUUUUUAAGAUGUCUUAAUUUCAGUGGCGUAUCUAGAAGUCUUAAAAUAGGAGUGCUGAUGGGAGGGUGCAAAGGUGAAAUGGGGUUACUCGAUCAGUUUGGGGGUGCUAACUUGAAAAAUAAGCUGAUUUUAGGUGAUUUUUAUAUACUUGCAAGUGAUUUUGGGUGGGGGGGCGCCCUGUGCAUCCCCCUAGAUACGCCGCUACAUAAUUGUCAAAUAAUCGUCUACACUGUGUAUUCUCGAUUGGUUGUUAUAUGCUUUACCAUUUUGAGUUUAUUGUCAUGUAAGGUAUAGGUAAAGGUAUUAGAGCCUCUUAAGUGUAAUUGGGGCCAGACUGGGCAAUGCUUUGAGGGGAUCGCCACUCCUUCUCACAGUGAGUCUGUUUACCUUCCCAGCAUAUGUCGAUGUCUGUUUAUACUUUAGGUAGAGGGAGACAAACGCAGA